AUGACUCCACCGAAACUGAACAACAAAUAUAAGCGCAUCAAUAUCCCGACAUUGACUGACAUGGCUACCCGCUCAAGAUAUCUAGCCGACCACAAGAAACGACCUGUUCUGAUGCCAAAUGAUGAGGCGCGUCUAGGGAACGGCAAACCUCCCACCCGACCGCGAAGUUUCCGUAUUGCAAAAAGGGCGGCAAUUAAUAAAGUGGCUAUAUAUCGGACGGGAAAUAAACAACAAGAAGCUGCCGCCGAGCGGAGCUCGUUGCGAGAGAGCUUACACACCCAAACGACGAAUCCUGUUCAGAAAGCGGCGACGCGAAAGCGACCUGUAGAACCCGAUGUUGAACAAGGGACGGAACACAGACGAAAGCGAUACCGAAAAUCUGACCGUCAACUAUUAGCUCAGCAACUAAAUAAGAAGAGACAGCGAGAUACCUUAGAUCCCAUCCACAACAAGCUAGUGGCAGCUCCUCGAAAGCGAGUACAAAGAUUCUCCGAAGAUACAACCGUCGACACUAUACCUAAUAACGAGGCGGCAAACCAAAUUGGCGAAGAAGAAUCGGAUCCCAUCAACUAUUGGACGAAGACACACAAGUGGCCCAAGAGAUUUGCUGAACAGAGCAACAACGACAUGAAUCAUCUACUUGCUAGACGAAAGUCCUCAAACUCCCUUCGUCAAAAACAAUCAGCACCGGCAUCUUUCGAGCCUCUAUCUGUUACACCAAGCUCUGCCGCGCCGAGUUCAACCACGCCAAGUGAUCAGAAGCCGAGAGAAGCGAAAAGCGCUCCUUACCAAGAUGCGCGAUAUGAGGUCCUACUUGCGACAAGAGGCAGCUUUAUGGAAGAAUCCGAACUGGGAAUCACAAAGCAAAGCAGAGAAGCAUACCUGAAAUUGCUCGACACCAAGCAGACAGUACCAAGUGACUCGUUCCAUGACGACGUAAUCAAGCGAACCUGUCAAAACAUACACAAUCGGAAUGAGGCCAGAGUUAUACAAGAUAUUACUCGAUUAAUCGCCCCUUCUGCGGAAACUCUUACGAUUUUUGGCUCCAAACAUCUCAGCAUUCUGAUCGAGAGUGUCAACGAAGGCUGGAACAACUCAAUGCCCCUCGAAGACACACGAGUCCAGCUUAAGUCCUCAAUGGGAUUUAAGCGUCCCCAGCCUGACUAUUCGGUGGGAUUCAAACGCGAGGCAUUCACGACAACUCAGCUUGAAAAGCUUGCUCCCUUUAUUGGUGACUUCAUCGCCGGUGACCAAUCCUUUGUCAUGGCUACGUACUACAUGUACUUCCCUUUCCUCACGUGUGAGGUUAAGUGCGGUGCUGCAGCGCUCGAUAUUGCAGACCGACAGAAUGCUUAUAGCAUGACUCUUGCAGUAAGAGCUGCUGUAAAUCUCUUCAGAUUGGUCGGUCGUGAAAUGGAGCUUCACCGUGAAAUCUUGGCUUUUUCAAUCUCACAUGAUCACACCUCGGUGAGAAUCUAUGGACACUAUCCGGUUAUUGAGGGAAAGGAUACCAAGUAUUAUCGCCAUCCUAUCCACAGGUUCGAUUUCACAGCACUGGAUGGGAAGGAGAAAUGGACGGCUUACAAAUUCACCAAGAACGUCUACGAUAUAUGGAUGCCGAGCCAUUUUGAACGGCUAUGUUCGGCAAUAGACAAGAUACCGGCGGACCUAGAUUUUAGUGUUCCACAACUUUCUCAAAGUUUUGAGCUUUCACAAAACCUCGAGCGCCAUCGCCUCUCAGAAUGGAGUCAACCCAAAUCUCAAUCAGCAGACCACAGCCAGCAAAGUACUGGCGAUGCGCAGGAUGCAACCCCAGAUACCUCUUUUACCGACCGAGGCGCGCCAAAAGGGCCAAGGAAAAGGCCUGCUGUGGAAGAGCAGUGCCGAUAAUUGGUUUUACGAUUCAUUGUUCAGAUAUUCAAUUGACUCAAUUUACACCAUGCUCCGCUUGCCAUAAGCUC